AUGAUAAAAUCAUUUAUUCAAUCCUUCACGUAUUUGUCGACGCUUCAAAGUUUCUUUUCUUUUCUUGGCGAAAAGAAAAGAAUAAACGAGACAACAAGCCAUGUUGAUAUUAAAUGGUAUUUUAGCUUACCAGCAGCCCCUCAUUUCGGAGGAGUUCAUGAGAUCAUGAUAAAAACCGCAAAACGAGCAAUUUAUUUCCAACUGGGAAAUGCGGAUAUUACUGACGAAGAGCUUAUUACAGCGUUUGCUGGAGCAGAAGGGCUUAUAAACUUACGACUAAGGGGUGUGCAGUCUUUAGGAUCGAGUGAUCCUAAAGACUGCACACCCCUUAUCAACACCAAAUCAUUUUUUAUUCGGACAAUUAGGUGGUAA